GCAUGCGCGCGUACAGCCGGCGGCCGCGCGCAGCACGCUCCGUGCCGGGAUGGCGGCGGCGGUGGCGGCGGCGAGUGGAAGCGGGGCGCCCGGGGAGGAGGAGGGGCCUGGUGGGGAGGCGGCGACCUCGCAGCCCCAGGUCCCGACCGGUGCGCCCGGGGCUCGACUCUCGAGGCUGCCUUUGGCGCGAGUGAAGGCCUUAGUGAAGGCGGACCCCGACGUGACGCUAGCGGGACAGGAAGCCAUCUUCAUUCUGGCACGAGCCGCGGAGCUGUUUGUGGAGACCAUCGCGAAAGACGCCUACUGCUGUGCUCAACAGGGAAAGAGGAAAACCCUGCAGAGGAGAGAUCUGGAUAAUGCAAUAGAAGCGGUGGAUGAAUUUGCGUUUCUGGAAGGUACUUUGGACUGAUGGCCGAGCUGGGCAGUUCUGUGAGCCUUCAACUGGGUCCUUCAGGUCGCCCCUCUUCGCAGGCAUCAUCCUGUUCUACCUUCAGCUAAGCUGGGAUAAGCAGAAAUCUCAUCCAGCUUUUCUCUACACGUCUUCCACUACUUGUGUCUGUCUUCCACUGCAGGCCUGCAUGCAGCUGCUGCUGCUUGGGGCAGAUGAGCAGGAAGUGUUACACACAAGUGGCUUAAUGGGUGGUGAGGACCAGAAUAAAGGUCUUUGAUCAACUUGA